AUAUUAAAGUACGGUUGGCAACCCUAUUAUCAGUAGUUGAUACGAAAAACAGUGGCCGUGUCAAGGUCAACCAACGGAGGGCAAACAGCAGCCAGUGCUAAAUGCCAGUUGAUUAUCAGUAUCGAAAGACACGAAACGUGUCUCCAAUUUAACUGUUAUACUGUCAUCCAAAAAUCAUCCAUAAACAACAACACAAUUUAGUGAUCCAAGCAUUGAUCACAAAGUGAAGUCCGGUACUGAACGAAAUCGUAUAAACGUAUCUGGGACUGUUUAAAUUGCGAAUUCGGCUACGUUCUUCGACACGGAGCACCUAUCAACUUUUGAGUUUCGGACGCAAAGUCAUAACUCCGUAUGGCAUUAACGUCAGACAAUUCAAUUUUUUACGGAUAGCAGCCUCGUCGUUAUACGACGUCAACGUCGUGCCUAUAAGUCUAGAGUGUGGAAAUCCCCGAGUGGUCGUAGUGCGGUGUGUGGCGCCAUGAUAAGUGGAGGCUGGGUGUGCGCCCUGCAUGUCCGCACAGCGGGACAAGGGGGCGCCGCUCUGGGCUCCGACGAGGAAGAAACUGUGUACCUCGCGUAUGUUGUCAUCGACGUUGUCACCAACCAGGUGUUGGGGGAACGGGAAUAUACAGUGCGACCCACAAUAAAACCCUCGGAGGAAUUACAAACUGGCCAACCGUUGGACGUAGUCGUGCAACAGUUCGACGAGUUCGUGCGGUCUCUACAAGUGGACCCCCACUCCCCCCUCUUUAGACUCGUCACAGACGGACAACCGCCGCUCAGACAGUGUCUCCACCCAGAGGCGUGCAGCAAGAACCUGGACCUGCCCUCAUACUACGCGCGCUUUCACGACCUGCGCAAGGAGUACGUACGGGCUUACACGCUGAGGGCCAUAAAUCCAAACGCGAAGCGCGCGCCUCCUCCACCUGACCAUCCCACAUGUCUACUAGACAUGCAAAACUAUUUAGAUAUAACUCCGCACGCCGGUGACAAUCUCUAUGCAGCACAAGUCAAAGACAUGACGAGCAUAAUACUAAGGAUAAUUGCUGACGGUUUUAGAUUAGAACUACCGGAAACGAUCGAUCUCGUAUUAGAAACUGGAAUUUGCUCAAAAGACGAUGAAAUAGACGGGAACUGCAUAGUGCGAGUGCGUGGUAUUCCGUGCCAAUCGUCAGAUAUAGACAUCGCCAAGUUUUUCCGUGGACUGAAUGUCGCUAAGGGAGGAGUAGCUCUGUGCCUCACUCCGCAGGGCAGGCGCAACGGCGAGGCGCUGGUGCGGUUUGUCUCGCAGGAGCACAGAGACCUGGCGCUCAAGCGACACAAACACCAUGACGGCCCGCGCACCGUCGAGGUAUGCCGAGCCUCAGGAGAUGAUUUCCUGCGAGUGGCGAGCGGCGCCACGUGCGAGGCGGUCGCGUUCCUGUCGCGAGGCGCGCAGGUUAUUGUGCACAUGCGGGAAGUGCCUUAUGACGCCACGUCGCAGCAAGUGUUGGAUUUUUUCUUAACGGGUGACAAUCCUGUAAACGUGCGCCACGGUGCUGAAGGGGUAAUGUUCAUGCGGCGUCCUGAUGGCCGGGCUACAGGAGACGCCUUCGUGCUGUUCGCGAAAGAAGAGGAUGCGCCCAAAGCGAUGUCGCGACAUCGGAAGCGCUUAGGGGAUAGAUACAUCCAGCUGUUCAGGUCUACCAUUGCCGAAGUGCAACAGGUGGUCAGCCGGUCGCUAGAGACGCGCAAGAACCGGCUACCAGUGGUGCCUCAACACAUCAUCACCUCAGGCACGGCCAAGGACUGCGUACGACUGCGGGGAUUACCCUUUGAGGCGCAAGUGGAAAAUAUUUUGACGUUCUUGGAUGAGUUUGCACAAAACAUCGUCACGCAAGGAGUUCACAUUGUAUAUUACGCUCAGGGCCAUCCGAGCGGCGAGGCGUUCAUCCAGAUGGACAGCGAGAGCAGUGCAUUCCAGUGCGCGCAGAACAAACACAAUCAGUUCAUGAGGUUCGGCAAGAAACAGCGGAGUAUCGAGGUGUUGCAGUGCUCAGGGGAUGACAUGGGCCUGGUGCUGACCGGCGGCGUGACCCCCGCGACGUCACCGGUACAUUGCCGUACCCGUGACUGUGUGUUAAGCUGAGUUCGAAGUGCCGAUUUUUAAAUAACACAGAUUGCCACAACACGAUUCAGCAUUAAAUAUUCACGGCGUGGUAGAAGCUAAAUGAACUCUUGACUAGCUCUAGCAUUAUUGUGUAUUUUUAUAGAUUCUUUAUGAAUAUAUUUUUAUUCAGGAUA